GACGGGGCAGCGGCCCGGGAUAAAUACUGCGCUCGGGCAGCCGCUCAGCAUUCCCAGAGUCAGGAGGCGACCUUCCCCAACGCCUGCGCCCCUGUGAGUGCAAGGAUCCCCGCGCCCACCCAGGAUCCGCAGCCCUCCACACUAGUUGACCCACUCUUGUCCCGGUCGCCGCCUGCGUCGUUCCCCAGCAUCUUCCCAACGCGCCGCAUACCCUGGGCAAGCCAGGCCGGUUCCUGGCUGUCAAUCCGUCCCGUCCGUCGGUCGCGUCCGCGCUCUGUACCAUGCCGUUCCUUGGGCAGGACUGGCGGUCCCCGGGCCAGAGCUGGGUGAAGACGGCGGACGGCUGGAAGCGCUUCUUGGAUGAGAAAAGCGGCAGCUUCGUGAGCGACCUCAGCAGUUACUGCAACAAGGAGGUAUACAGUAAGGAGAAUCUGUUCAGCAGCCUGAACUACGACGUCGCAGCCAAGAAGAGAAAGAAAGACAUUCAGAACAGCAAAACCAAAACUCAGUACUUCCAUCAAGAAAAGUGGAUCUAUGUUCACAAAGGAAGUACGAAGGAGCGCCAUGGAUACUGUACUUUGGGGGAAGCUUUCAACAGACUGGACUUCUCGACUGCCAUCCUGGAUUCCAGAAGAUUCAACUACGUAGUAAGGCUGUUGGAGCUGAUAGCAAAGUCACAGCUCACAUCCCUGAGUGGCAUCGCCCAAAAGAACUUCAUGAACAUUUUGGAAAAAGUGGUACUGAAAGUUCUUGAAGACCAGCAAAACAUAAGACUUAUACGGGAACUUCUCCAGACUCUCUACACAUCCUUAUGCACACUGGUGCAGAGAGUCGGCAAGUCUGUGCUGGUGGGCAACAUUAACAUGUGGGUGUAUCGGAUGGAGACCAUUCUACACUGGCAGCAGCAGCUGAAUAGCAUCCAGAUCAGCAGGCCUGCCUUCAAAGGCCUCACGAUCACCGACCUGCCUGUGUGCUUACAACUGAACAUCAUGCAGAGGCUGAGUGACGGGCGGGACCUGGUCAGCCUGGGCCAGGCAGCCCCAGACCUGCAUGUGCUCAGUGAGGACCGGCUACUGUGGAAGAGACUCUGCCAGUACCACUUCUCAGAGAGGCAGAUUCGCAAGCGUUUGAUCUUGUCUGACAAAGGGCAGCUGGAUUGGAAGAAGAUGUAUUUUAAGCUUGUACGAUGUUACCCAAGAAGAGAGCAGUAUGGGGUCACCCUGCAGCUUUGCAAACACUGCCACAUUCUCUCCUGGAAGGGCACUGACCAUCCGUGCACGGCCAACAACCCAGAGAGCUGCUCCGUCUCACUUUCCCCUCAAGACUUUAUCAAUUUGUUCAAGUUCUGAAUAAUCCCAGCACACGACAACACUUCAGAAGGCUUCUAAUUGGAUGGCUGGGAGUCGGGACACUUCAUUUGUAAAUAGUGUACAUUUUAAGCAUUGGCUUGAAACUGCGGGGGAUACGUCAUUGAGGAGACGUUGGCGGGGAAGAGAUGCAGUUGCCGAUGGAAAUUUACAAAUGUGAAUUCCACAUGAGAACUGGUACAGAAAAGCAGAAAUACUGUAAAUAGACUUUUUAUUUUCCCUAACGAUUUGCAAGCAAGACUAUAAAGGCAAGAACUCUAUGUCAGCCAUGGAAACGGAGUCCUCUUGAGUUCCCUAGGAAGAAAAAGGCAAAAAGCUCAAAAACAAGAUGGAACACUCUGUUUACAAUGUGAAAAUGUUGUUAAGACAAAAAUAAGGAAGAAGGAAGAUGAACGCUGUCAUUGAGAAACCCUUGGGCUUUGGGUUUGGAUUCGGGGUUUGUUUUCAGCAGGCCAAGAAGUAUAUCCACCUGAAAUCUGCACGGGCUUAAGUCCUUAUCCUAUGAAGAUGCCACACAAUGGUCUACCUCUAAAAGCAUAGCGUGUUCUCUGGCAACAUACUUUAUCUGGGAGGCAAUGUCUGUGUUUCAUGUAAGUUCUAUACUCUGUGAAGUGAUCUAAGAUGGGAAGGCUGUUAGGAAAAAAAAAAAAAGCCCUCUCUUGGUUCUGACUUCCUGUCCCCCCAGUCCCUCUCAGUCCCUGCACCUCUUCUCCUUUCAUGUUGUCACUCCUGUAGGGAACCGGGAGGCCAGCUAAAGAACAGCAGAAGUCAUGAAGAGAGAAUUAGGCACCUGUGCAUGCUCAGAACUUUCCAUUUAACUCUUCCUUCUUCUAGCCUGACUUCUAGGCUUGUCCGGGCUUCCUUGAGUGUCUUCAUGGAUAAGUGGAUGUCUGGGACCUUAGGAGAGCCCAAGAACUGAGGCUUGAGAGACACAGUUUCUCACACUAGCCAGUUAAACAUUCUGCCAGCUGCUGUUUCCCCUCGGCAGGCCAAUGAGCUGAGGCACUGUCUGUUCUGUAGGCCCAGCAUCCAACUCAAGUCACCCUGAACCGGGACUUUUUCACAAGCAUGAUUUCAAAGAAAGCCUGAUAGAUGUGUUCGUCUUAAACUUGUUUCAGGACUGAGUUAGAGCAAAGAUAAAGAGUCCCGGGGGUUCUUGUGAGACAGAGACAUGAACACUGUGGAAGAAAGGAGAAGGAGAUCUCAGGGCUUAAGGAGUUAAUUCCUGGGGUGGGGGAAAUGUUUUUAUAUUUUACUUUUUACAGAUUGUUGCUUUUCUACAAUGUACAUAUAUUUGCAAUUGUAUUUGCUGUUUUUUUUUUAAAUCUCCAAAUAAAAUUGCCACUAUGCAUGCUCUUGGCAAACAAGCAGAAAUAGGAAUUUGUUCCAUGUAAAUGUUAAGGUGUGGUGUGACCUGAAGCAUUGAUGCGUGGGGUAGUCCUAGGAGGAGAGGAAAGAUGGCUGAGCGUGAACAAGAACAAGGCCGGGGCAGUGAACACUUCUUCCUUCAGUCGUAGAGCACCCUCGGGUUGGUACUGUACAGGCGGAUGGAGUCUGUGGGGCUCCCUGAUUUGCAGGGUCUUACAUCUGUGCUUACACCAGAAGUUCUCCAUGUUUUCUUUAUCAGCACCAUCUCCUGGUGGCCAAAUUAAGUUGAAUUUAAAGGUUCGUAAUGAGAAAAGGGAUGUGUAAAAGAACAAGAUUUCUUUUACAUGGAAAAGUUAAAAGUCUAAAGCUGAACCUUGGAGAUUACAAACAUUGUAACAGAGAAGAGUUUCCUGUUUGCUUUGGGAUUUUUGAAAUCUUCUCCCCAGAAACAAUUUUACAUUAAGAAUGUAGGGCCUUGGGGCUGGAGAGGUGGCUCAGCAGUUAAGAGCACUGACUGCUCUUCUGAAGGUCCUGAGUUCAAUUCCUAGCAACCACAUGGUGGCUCAUAACCAUCCAUAAUGAGAUCUGAUGGCCUCUUCUGGUGAGUCUGAAGACAGCUACAGUGUACUUACAUAUAAUAAAUAAAUAAAUAAAUAAAUAAAUAAAUAAAUAAAUAAAUAAAUAAAUCUAUCUUUAAAAGAAAAAGAAUGUAGGACCUAGGUGGAAGGAAGGAAGGAAGGAAGGAAGGAAGCAAGGAAGGAAGGAAAGCAGGCAGGCCUGCCGCCACAGUGAUUCUGAGUGACAGUGUUGAGGUUAGGGGAUCGUGGCCUUUCACAUGUCCUCAGCCUGCUCUGUGGUGCUUUUCAGAGAUGGGAACUUGUAGGGACCUUGGGGUUUACAGGUCCGUCAACUUUGCCAGCUUUGAACUGCCAGCGCAAAACUAGUUAGCCAGUCUUACAGAUAGGCAGCAGUACCCAAAGUCAUAUAGCAUCCAUACACCCCAGGCAACAAUGUAAAAUGGCCCUUACCCCAAGCAGCAAGGGCACAGCUUCUUGAAAUAUUUAGUAGGUGCUUGCAGGUUCUCCAUGACCCUUGGUGUCAUUGGAUAUGGUAUGUGACACAACCGAAGAAUCGUUUGACGGAUGAAGAAGAGGAAAGGAGCAUGUAUUGGUCGCUGUCACUGGCUGGUAGAAAACAGGAAGGAUGUGGAAGGUGGAGAGGGAGUGGGAGAGGUGUAGAAAUGAUGUAUCUUUGAUGCUGUUUAGGGUGGGAGCAACAGAGAGAGGAGGGCAAGCAAGAUACCCAUAUUAGGUCAUGGCCAGAGCCUCAUAUUCAAGUACUGGGAGUUAAAAAGAAAAGCUCUUAGGACAUUAAUAGUCUAUAGAAUUCUUGGCAAACCCAUGCAGGACUCCCAGACUUAAAACACAAAACCUAAGAAUUCCUGACCCAGAACUGCUAGUACAAAAGCAAGAGGGGUGUGGCUAUAGAAGUUGCUGAGAGAAUUGGGACUGUGUAUCUCUCUACUGGACCUGACUCCCCUCCUUUGCAUGUUGAAAUGCAGAACUAGAGUUAUACCCACUUUGAAGUGAUUCAGAAUCCAGAGAAGGAAAAGAGUUCUGUCCAAGCAAACCAAGGGAGAUGGUCACUGGUGACUUUACUUUGGAGCAAUCAGCUGAGAGUCUCUGAAUGAGAACCAUCGUGUGUGUGUGUGUGUGUGUGUGUGUGUGUGUGUGUGAUACAACUGAAGUUUAGGAAUGCUCCUUUUAUAGCCAGAAUCAGUAAAAGAAAAUCUCACUGUCACUGUCAGCUAGACCAUGUCGCUACUACCAUUGCUUCAAGUGGGUAUCUCAGUUGAACGGGAGGGAAAAGGUGACAGACAGAAAGGAACAGACAUUACACAGUGGGCUCUCCAGCCCACCAGCUGAGAGGGGCUUUCUGGUUAGUGAUGAUCAACUUCAGGUGGCACUGGUUUAGAGGAGACAUUUUUAAGGGACAAAGUUUCCACCACAAAAGCUUUCAACGGAAGAGCCGAUCUAAUUGUGACCAUGAAGCCAGCUGAUGGGUGACCACACAAACCCUUCCCCGGGAGGCAUUUGCUGUUGACACAGGCUCCUUAUUUCUGCCGCUUCAUACGGGAGAAAAAAAAAGAGUGGGACUUUGAUUUGUCUAAGCAGUUGGUAUGAUUCACAGAGAGAUAAAUCAUCACAGGAGAUGGUUAGCAGUGUAUGGUUCUCGGCUUCAACGCAUUGUUUAUUAUAAAACAUGCACCUGGGUUUAUAUUUUUCUGCCUGGUUAUAAAGCAAUAACAUCUUGCUAUGCAAACACUAAAUUUCAUGUGUGAAUUUUCAACUGUGAUUUUAUGUGUGCAUUUUUUAAACUAAACUCUAUCAUUUUUCUAUGUUGACAUCUGUUGUUGGUUUGGUUUUGUUUUGUUUUUAAUCUGUUUCCAACUAUCUGAGUCUGUGAACCAUCUCUCCUGACUGGAUGCUGGCUUGAAACCUGUUAGUGCUUAAACAGACUCAGAAACAACCCUGGACCUCUGGGGCAAACGCAGGGGUGUUACUCUUUGAUAUAUCAUGGGCCCUCUGUGGCUUCAACAAACAAAGUCAUAAUUCCUCUAAAUUCUGUGUUUUCUGUAAAUAUUUUCUUCUUCUCAGCUCUGCUAAAAUGGGGGUGGGGGGGGGGGGGGAGAGAGAGAAACUCCUAUCCCAGACUUUAGACCAAAAGGGGUUGUUAGAGAGUAUGGACUCUGGCAUUUCUGCAUUUGAAGAUGAGGAAGCCUUUCCAGAAUUGGGGGUACAGAGGCUUUCUCUGUGCUUCCUGGGAGGUCAGCAAGAGGGUUGAACAGAAACCUGAAGCUUCCUGAUGCCAGAGCUCUUGAGCCCACCUCUCCCCCAGCACCUUGUGGACGUGUGUAAAUUCAUGACACCCACUGUAAUGCCUCCCAAGAUCUUCACUGUGGGAGGCAUGGGAGGUGAUCCCAUGAUGGGCUCCUGCCACAAAAUCUUCCAAACCUUUUAAGUCUGAUUCCUGCUGGAGAAGUUAGAGUCCCUCUUUCAUUUUCAUACCCUCUUACUCUGCUGUGAGUGCCACAUUCAGCUGAGCACCACCUGCUUCCUAAGACGUAACCAGUGUGCUGGGGAGAUGGCUCAGUUGAUAAAGUGCCUGCAGUGUAAGUGUGAGGACCUGAAUUCAGGUUCCAGCAUCUGUGUAAGAGCCAGGCAGGAACUUAAGUGCAAGGCGGGGCAGGGGUGGGGAUAGGUUCAUUGACCAACCAGUCUUAAGAAUGAAGUGGUACCCAGGCUCAUUGAGAGAUCCUGUCUCAAAAAAUAAAAAUGGACAGAGAUCUAGGGAUGCACCCAACAUCUGCCGCAACCUCCCAAGUCAUAUGCGUGUGCACAGAAAUCCCCAGAUCUUUCUUCUCCCCUGAAAUGCAAAGGUACAUUUAAACUAUCCAUCCUCUUUCUUGCCCGUCUUUUGGCAGUGAGCCCUGCCAUAACAUAAGAUCCAGUGAGGAGCAGUUCAGCCAGGUUGGACAGUGAUCCAUUCUGUUCAUCCUUGUUUGUAAUAAGCAGAAUUUAUCCUGUAAGGCAAGGGGUGGUGAUAGCCAUAAUUUUUGUCGGCUGGGCUUUUUUCAAAGUGUCCUUGAAUUCAGCAAGCAAACCUUCUUUGAGAAAGCUCUCUAAACUUAGUCUCUCUCCAUUUGGCUGGAAAUAAUGGAUGGCCACAUCCAAACUCCAAAUUUCUGGAUGUGUCAUAUGCCUCAGCACUACAGAAUCUGACUCUCUCUUUGAGUAUAGACAUGCGUGUUAACUAUGCACAGGGCUGUUUAACAGAUGGCUCCAAUCCCUGCUCCAUACUUGGGAGCCUUUGGUUCCAUCUUUAUACCAAAUGCCAAUCACACUGGCUACAGAGAGUGUAUUAUAGUCUGUGUCUAAGCUUAGAAGCUUUAAAUGUAUGUUUUAAAGAAAAAAUACUAGAGUGGGUUGAACACUUUAACUAAACUUGGAAGGUUGGACAGAUUAUGUGCAAAGAUGAUUGUUUGUUUAAUAAUGAAUAAUCUGAAUCCUGUAUAACUUAUUUGCACACCUUUCUUGCAUGAUGAACUGACAUUUUUAUAGUUGUUUGUAUAAGACAGUGGCAUAUUUUUGUAAACAUUUUUUUGACACUGAACUUCAAUAAAUGUUUUUCCUACAACACA